CAGGGCACACACGGGGAGGUAGAGUAGAGGAGAGGAGAGGAGAGGUACGCAGAUCCACAUCUCCAACGACGACCUAACAUCAAGAGGAGCCUGAGAUAGCUUAGAGCUAUAGCCACGAGCUGAACUUGGUAUAGUAGAGUAGAGCAGAGUGCUCGCUGCCCUUCUUCAAUACUUUGCGGGUCCUCCCCUUCCUCCUCUUCCUCUUUCGCCGAGUCACGCCGACCUCUCUGCAGAUCCGCAUAUACGCUGCAUCGAGGCGGUCAAGCUCAGUUGUAUUGCAAGCUACACCAGUGGAGAUACCGUAUCCUCAAUUGCAAGCAUUUCCAGGGACAGACUCGUAUCUCCCUCUUACGCUCCUUUAGUCUCUCGCAUCCUCGGCAGACUAUAGCAGUCCCCUGCCCUAACUAGACUAGCUGCAGUACGACCACGCCCUUUCCCGAUUGCUCCGUCUACUACCUCUUGCAAUAUGGCCUCCUCCUUCGCCUCCUCCUCUUCCUCAAAACCCCCGCCUUCAACAUCCCUGGAAUCAGCCAGCCCUCCCCCUGCCUCCUCCAUCCCCUCUCUGCGUUCUCCACCCCUCCCCUCUCAAGCAAAAAAGACUUCUUCCUCUUCCGCUUCACGUCCCUAUCCCUUUUAUCUAGGUGGUCUAGCAGCAAGUUUUGCAGCCUGCUUUACCCACCCACUAGAUGUAGUCAAGACUCGCAUGCAGAAUGCAUCGAGUAAACAGGGAAUGUUUUCUGCUCUUGCUAGGACGGCAAAGGCAGAAGGAGUGUCCGGACUUUAUGUAGGAUUGACGGCGAGUUUGAGUAGACAGAUGAGUUAUAGUCUUGUCAGGUUCGGCGUGUACGAUGCUCUCAAGGAGCGAGCUUCCCGUACGCUUCCCCCUGGCCAGAAGAACCUCCCAGCAUGGAAGAUGGGUCUAUGUGCAAGUGCAGCAGGCGCCGUGGGAGGUGUAGCAGGUAACUGGGCCGAUGUCCUCCUAGUGCGGAUGACCUCUGAUGUGCUCAAGCCAAAAGAGCAACGCUUUGGCUACUCGAAUGCCCUGAGCGGUGUUGUAGUCAUGGCUCGCGAAGAAGGCAUCGGCUCCCUCUUCCGUGGUAUCGUACCCAAUGUCACUCGUGCAGUGCUAAUGAACGCUAGUCAGCUAGCCACGUAUGAUCUCUUCAAGACUGCCCUUCUGGACUCGGGGUACUACAAGGAAGGGACCUGGCUACACUUUUCUUCGAGUUUCCUGGCAGGGACAGUAGCUACAACAGUGUGUAGUCCGGCCGACGUGAUCAAGGCGAGGAUCAUGGCUGCAGAUGGAGGAGCAGCAGCAGUGGUGGAUAAGCUACGGCAAUCUGUCAAGCAGGAAGGGAUUGGGUUCCUAUUCAGGGGGUGGAGUCCAGCUUGGAUUCGUUUGAGUCCGAAUACGAUCAUCAUCUUCAUCACCUUGGAGAAGAUGAAGGCCUUUGUCGACUGGCAAAGGCAAAAGACCGGAGCGGCCACAGAGGGAGCUCUCCGGUGAGAUUAGGUUCACACGAAAUGUUCAGACUCCUGAGCCAAGUCAGCAUCAGAAGCCAAUCACAUUCAAAGUGACGACCUACUUUCAGCCAGGAGGGACAAAAGGGCUUCAAAAGAGAGGAAGGAGGAAAGAGCAGGGGCUCUCGUACCCACCCUGCUCAGAGCUACACGUUCAGACUCUACAAAUGUGCACAUUUCAAAAAAAAACAACAACACAAAGAUUCCCCCAAUCCCUGUCACUUUCCACAUUGAAGCAGAAACAGAGACAUCCCUGUCACUUUCCACAUUGAAACGAAGACAGAAGCAGCCGGACGCAUCGUAGACUUCAAACACAGCAAUGCAUCACCUUGACUUAUUCGCCAAAGUAUCUAUCAUGUUCACUCUCACACUCACGCUCACGCUCAUGCUCACACGCACGCCGCGCUGAUUUACAUGUGGAAAUCU